AUAAUCUCCAUACCAUCCCCUAUCUUAGCUAACGGAGCGCCUCAGUACGGUUCGGGGCCUGGGAAAACGGGUAGGUCAUACCUAGUUCAAGAGAUGUCGUGAGCGAAAUGGACUAAGAAAUAUGCUUUUCUCUACCGAUAUCUAUCAGUAUACCUUACCAAUCCUACCAUAUUUCGUUUAUUCUAGCCCCCGAACUAAUCCGGAUCGUCAGACUCGGCAUGGCUCGGAGCCUUCGGGGGCCUCGGAUUAGGGGGCCGCACCCCGGAGACAUGAUAUUAUCGACGCAAAGGCCUUGUUUCGGGUAAAUAUAAAUAAUACUGAUGAAUUCCUGAUCCUCGCUGGCAAUAUCAAUCCGAACCAUCAGCAUAAACCCCCUUGAACAAUAGUAUAAGUAACUUUCAGUUUUCCACCCAGUAUCAGAAGAGAAAAUGGCAUCCUCCACUCCGACAACUUCUAUCAACCAGCAGGACCUCCCCCACUUGAGCUUCCGGUCGUAUGUCCAGGCGCUCAAAGACGACGGUGAUAUCGUCGAGAUCAACACGGAAUGUGAUCCGCACCUCGAAGUCGGCGCCAUCACCCGGAAGGCCCUCGUAGACCAGGAGCGAGCGCCCUUAUUCAACAAUCUCAAGGGCCAGAACGAGAACGGUCUCUGGCGCAUCCUGGGAGCUGUGAACGGGCUAAGGCCAAACACAGAGCAGGUGUUUGGCCGCGUGGCUAGACACAUUGGCUUGGACCCUACAGCAUCCGCCAAGCAGAUAAUGGACAAGGUCAUCGCGGCCAAGAGCGCCGCGCCUAUCCCCCCGAAGGUCGUUAAGUCCGGUCCCUGCAAGGAGUUUCGCCUUACGCCCGAUCAUUUCGACCUAGAAACGCUGCCGUGCCCCCUUCUGCACCAGUCCGAUGGCAGAAAAUACGUCCAGACGUACGGCAUGCAGUGUUUCCAGUCUCCAGAUGGUAGUUGGACUAACUGGGCGAUCGCACGUGCUAUGGUGCACGACAGGAAUCACCUGGCUGGAGCCGUAUUGCCAACCCAGCACAUCGGCAAGAUCCUCGCUAUGUGGCGGAAGCUAGGGAAAGACAUGCCCGUAGCGAUUGCGUUCGGCGUUCCGCCCGCCGCCAUCAUGGCCGCAAGUAUGCCCUUACCAGAUGGCGUGUCCGAGGCCGAGUACGUCGGCUCGCUCGUCAGUGCCCCUGUGGAAGUUGUCAAGUGCGAAACCAACGACCUCUAUGUCCCUGCAAACUCCGAGAUCGUUUUCGAGGGGACUAUCUCGGCCACGGAGACAGCGCCUGAAGGCCCCUUCGGCGAGAUGUACGGGUAUCUCUUCCGCGAAGAAGUGCAGCAGUGGGCCAAGUAUACCAUCAACAUGAUCACGCACCGUAAAGACGCCAUUUUGCCAAUUUCUACCCCGGGGAGACUAACUGAUGAGACCGUACGUCAUGUCAACAUCCUGUGCAGAGCUACAGAAAUGUCGGUCUUUCAGAUGCGGAGAAACGGAAAGGUCAAUACAGUCAAUCUUGUUCAAAGUAAGCAGUGGGGUAGAUGGUGUCGUGCUUUUCCGAGACUCUAGGUGCUGUAUCCCAAGAUGGCAAAGCCAGCUCAUAGCUUGUCGAUACGUCAAGCCUUCACCAUCGUUGCCGGGAGUAAGAAUAGGCAGAUCUUCUUCACUCAUAUCACUGCACGACGGGUGAUGUCCAAGAGCCAUAGAGAGCAAUGCUUCCUGCCGCACAAUGGCAAGUCUAGUCGGAUCAACGACUUAACAGGUAGGUAUAAGGUUGGGAACUUGUUAAGACAUACCGCAAAAGCAUCGCAUCUUCCAAAGUCACGGUUGAUGAACUAGAUCUGGAUUGUCGUAUAUGAAUAGAUAGACUUCGUGCAAGUCGUAUC